CAAAAUACGUGGGUACAUCACAGCAAUCCAGUAACCACCGACGCGAUUUGACAACUGAUUUGACUUACUCUACAUUCUUGAAGCGAUUCCAAAUUCGAGCAUGUAUAAUUUAUACCUGGUGUUUUACGUCACAUCCUUCGUCGGGAUUCUCGUCACACUGGGUUACUGCGUGUGCGAUAUCCUACAGUGUCGCCGGCUUGGACAUCUGUAUUCCAUCCGAAGAACAGCAAUCACCCGACCACCCACGGAACAAAGCAGCAGGGAACAACCGACGCGAAAAUACGUGAGUCGCUAUCGAACCAAAAUGUUCCAGCGCAGGCUUAUCAACGAGAUCAAUCGCAUCACGCCCAAGCUGAGAAUCAAAGCCCCCCGGGAGCGGUACGAGUUGUAUUACGACGUCGAGGGCGAGAUUCGGGUACGCUGUAUCAGCCCCUCCUAGAAGGGAUGAUGGAUCCGAUACACCAAAUAGGAAGUGCAUCCUCAUAAACGCAUUGAAUGUUGUUUUGAAAACGAAAUUUUAGUAUAUAUAUAUUUUUUCUCAGUUACCGUUUUGUCUCAAA